GGACGGCCUUUGUACUAUAUUUGUUUGAGAGACAUAAUUUUCGUCUGCAACUUUGAGCAGAGGUUUCUAGGGAUAGUUAGAAUUGUGGUGAAUUGCAAACAUUUUGAUUUGCCUGUAGGGUUCCCAGUGGGAAUGAUUCAAUUGUUUUUACGAAUUAGGUCUGGAUAUCUGUUCAGCUUCCUCUUUUCUUUUCGUAGGAUUGUACAUACAAUGUGUGAAUAAUCAAUAAAUUGUGCAAAUACUGCAAACAGAAAAACGAUGGACCAAAAAAAGAACGAGUUGUGCGAAAUGGUCAGACAUUGCUUCCUCUCUGGUGAAGAGGAUUCUGAUAUGCCCGCACAGUAUAUUGUCACUUCAAGGGAUGAUUCGAAUGAUGUGGUGGUCGAGUUGGAUCCACGAGCGGCUGAUAUUACAGUAGAUUACUUAAGACGGCAUGGAUUGUUGGUGGUUUUUCAAGGUUCGGGUGCAGAUGCCACAUUUGCUGCGAAAGUAGGCUGGCUUCGGACUAUGGAAAAUGGAUGGGACCCAGAUAUGGUGGGAGGACAGCGUGGCAGAGUAAAGCCUGAGGGUGCAAACAUGAUAUCAUACUUGGCAGUCAAUCAUGUUUUGCGGGAUUGGUUAGUGAACACGCUUAAAAAGGAGGAAAAUGCGUUGGUGGAUGGUAGACCGUGUAAGGUGCUGUAUCGAUCUUGGGCAACGCAAGUAGAACAGGAGCAAGCAAAGCAAGAUUUGCAAGCUCAACGCUUUUGGAUAAGAGCAGUCAGGGUUCCAUACUUGGUAAUGCCAUUUCUCAAGGCUGCAGUGAUAAAAGAUUAUCCACCAGAAAGGAAUAAGGCGGCGCCCAGACUGAUGAACCGCAGGACCUUCGUCGGUGCCAGUCGGGGGCACAGGCCCUCUCCCGGCUCUCGCUGGGUCAGGGGAGGGGGCACAGGCCCUCUCCCUGCUCCGCCUGGGUCUGGGGGAGGGGGCACAGGCCCUCUCCCGGUUCCAGUUGGGUCCGGGGGAGGGGGCACAGGCCCUCUCCCGGCUCCGGUUGGGUCCGGGGGAAGGGGCACAGACCCUCUCCCGGCUCUGGUUGGGUCCGGGGGAGGGGGCACAGGCCCUCUCCCGGCUCCGGUUGGGUCUGGGGGAGGACCUGUUAACACACCGACUGGGACAGCACAAACUCCUCUCACCACAACUGGUGGAGGCCCCCCGCCAGUAUCCUCUGGGACUGGAAACGACCCUCUCCCAUUGGGAGGAAUCGCAUCGACUCCUGCGGGAGCCGCAGGCAUCCUUCUUCCAGUGGGAGACCAGGCGCCAGCCUCUAAGGGGGCUGGCGAUGGAUCGUCUUCGGAGUCAGGGGGACCGGGGGUAGGGACGCGUCAUGACCAUGCGAUUCUUCAAAUGAUGGAAACAGAAAAGGGACCUCUUGGCGAUGAUGACGGCCGUCUUGAUAUAAUUACGCAAGAACAACUUAGGAAGGAACAACUGGACAGUGGGAUCGCAGAAGUGCAGCAAGCGAUUCCUGGUGAAGAAGAGCAUUUGCUUCAGCAGAAAAGCUCCCUCCAACCUCACCGCCGCAAAAUAUUGGUCGGAGGGCCGAAUAAGGUCACCUACAAACCUUAUGCUAAACCAGGACAAGGGAAGCAGGCGGAUAACAAUAAGGAGAGAGAGGAGUGGGCGGACAUUCGUGACGAUGAAAAUGAAACAGAACAGUACAGGCUCACAGAACAGGGGUCGCAACAAGGUCAGCUGCAAACAGAUCACAAACUGGUUCAAAAACAUAAAGGUAAACAGAUUGACACAUUCGCACGCUCUCAGCAUCAGGAUGAAAUCCAGCCUCAGCAACAAUAUGUACGAGCUGCAGUCUUUCCGGGCUCAAUACUUGACGCUAUGGCAGGAGGCAAGCCUUGUGUAGUUGUCCCUCUCAUCUUUUCAGCAACAGAUGGCGAACUCAAAUUGAUGGCGGCAAUGUUUGACCAAGGUCAUCUGGCGAUUCCGCACUUCAAACUUCAUGAAGAUCCUGUACCUGGAGUUGUUUUUACAGAAAUUACAAAAUGGCUGACUCCGGCACUCAAACUGAGAGCAAAUCCGGAAAUGGACUAGAUCAGGUUGACACCAACUAAUGACGAAGGAAGAACUGACAUUCUUUACUUUCCAAUUAUAGACGUUGUGGUCAAUUCAACAACAAGAGUGGAAGCACCGCUCAAAGGUCUGAGAUGAAUUUCGCUUGCCCUCUUCAACAACCCGAAUGGCCAGACAGCACUGGGCACAAAAGUUUAUGAUUGUUGGAACGGAUGGAUUCUCAAGCAAGUGGACGCAAACAUUCCUUGGCACAAAAGUUUUUUCUCCAAUAACUUCCUUAUGCUUAAGUGCAAGGAUUGGACUGACUGAAAUCCACGGACAGAUUGCGUAUCAUCUCUUGGAAUAUUCGUGGACUUGGGUCUCGUCGAGUUGCGAUUAAAAGAUCUCUUGUCAAGACAUUGGCAAGGAACAAAGGAGUGCAGAUUGU